CAUUCGAAGAAGUCAUCGCGCUCUGCAGCGAUUCUCUCCCAAACCCAAAUCUGAAUCCAAAACUAAAUCCCUCUUCUAUUUUUUUCACUGUGAAAACAAAGCAUUCCCACCGAUACCGAAGAUUCAUUCCACUGUGAUUCUGCACAAUCACUCCUCCAUCUCGACAAGAUCCUUUGAUUUUCGUUUUUGAAGUUCUGAAAUCUUGUCGUGAAGGCAUGAGACUUGAUGAUGAUGCCUUGGGAGGGGAGAUUGGCGCGGUGUUCGCCGUGUCUCCACCUCUGAAAUCUCCGGCAACUGUAGCGGAGAGCGAUGACGACGGAGAGGAGAUUUUCGUGCCUCCUUUGAAUUUCUCCAUGGUCGAUAAUGGCGUUUUCAGGUCCGGUUUCCCUGAUUCUGCCAAUUUCAGCUUUCUGCGUUCGUUAGGGCUCCGCUCGAUUGUAUGUUUGUGUCCCGAACCAUAUCCAGAAGCGAAUGAUGCGUUUUUGAAGGCUAAUGGAAUUCGGCUCUAUCAAUUCGGGAUCGAUGGAUGUAAGGAACCUUUUGUAAACAUUCCAGAGGAAACAAUCCGGGCAGCACUCAAAGUAGUCGUUGGUAUAUCACAAAAAAUCUAAAUUUCUGCAUGAUACAAUAUCCCUUGCUUAUAGAUUUCUUGUUUUGCUAUCUGCUCAUGCAUGUUCUUGACUUUACGAUGCAGAUGUAAAGAAUCAUCCGCUUUUGAUUCAUUGCAAUAGAGGGAAGGUAAUUUUAUCUGCUCAUGCAUGUUCUUUUUUUUUCAUUGUUACUUAAAUGAGUAUUUUGCUAACUUUUUGAGUAAUUUCUGUCAAUAUCUUUGUUCAGCACCGUACUGGAUGUCUUGUUGGAUGCUUAAGAAGACUACAGAAAUGGUGCCUGACUUCUAUAUUUGAUGAGUACCAGCGAUUUGCUGCAGCCAAGGCAAGAGUGUCAGACCAGAGGUUUAUAGAGUUGUUUGAUGUCUCUAGCUGCCGUUAACAUUUUCAUCCUCGAAGAGAAAAGCUAGCAGCAUAUUAGGAAUGCCCAAGUUAUCACAGCCAAAGGAAAGAAUAAGAGUUCAUGAUGUGUUUUAGUUUAGGAUUAGUGUUUUCUUCUUUUGCUUCUUUGGUUAUGGAUUAGUGCUUUCUUAGAGUAUCUAUUUUAUCUGCUUUUGAUAGGAAACCCCAUACCCGUAGCUUACCCGUUCUUGUAUACCUAUUGUAUUAAGGCAUUAAUUAAGCCAAUUAAGACCAAAAACAAGGAAGGCAAUGAAGCUCAAAUAAAUUAAACGUUGGCAAUCGGCGUAAGCAAAAUCGGGCCUCUCAAACCUAUGAAGAAACCUGUUAUUGCAGCGGUUGGGCUUUAUGAUUUUUGGGCCGAAGUUGGGCUUUAUAAUUGAAAAUGCCAUUUAAAGUGAAUUUUAAACACAUGCAGGGCCCAUUAAGUUCAAUAAAUCUGCACUGCAAUUGUUGCUGAAAUUGUAAAUGUAGUAAGAGAUGGAAUUGAAUCAUGUUGUUGUUGUACCACCAAACGCCGCAACAAUGGCCGAGUGCUGUAGCUUUAGAAU